CGUAGUUUCUUCAGUUCAGUUUCAACUUUCCAGUUGAUGCCGGUUCUUGAAAGGCGAGUGUUAUGCGUGAACGAAAUUUCAAAUGUCUCAAUGAUUAAAGAAACAGUUAUAGUGAUUAAUUCAAAUAAAGAUAAGAAGAAAGAAAGAAUAAGAAAGAGAGAGAGAGAGAGAGAGAGAGAGAACAAAAAACAAAUUUGUAUUCUCUCUCUCCUUUCUCUUAAUCCUUUCACCAUUAAUAAAAAACGGAGGGAAUACUUUGAUAAUAUUAAAUAAAAGUUACAUUUAGUGUAGUCAAAAGUUAAAAGGAAAACAUCGAAGAAAAAUAAAUAUGUGAAAGUAGUGAGAAAUAAAAAGAAGAAGAAAUUUCAAAAAAAAAAAAAAAAGGAAGAAAUCAAAGUUAGAAAAAGGUGUUACCAAGAAAAAGAAAAAUGUUCAUUCUUAUUCUAAUCAGCAGUGCUCUCUUCAGUGGAGUGUCAUGUCAUGACAGACCUACCAUUAUAAGACCAGAAGGAACGGAAUUGAUUAAAAAUGCUGGUGAACCUAUACAAUUUUCUUGCACAGGUUCUAAGAAAAUUUUUUUUUACUAUCCAACGAAUUACGGAUCCGUCGAGGAAGAAUCCAGAAAGGUUAUAUCAUCGGAAAUAGAAGUAAGCGAAAAUAAUACAAAUUUUGGAAGUACAUACAAUUUUUCUCGACGUAAAUCCGUACCUGGUGAUACGGGUUGGUAUGGUUGUUCUUAUCAYAAUCGAACRAUCACUCKAAAGGAUUAUGAUGAUCCCGAAUUUAGUUGGGUCUACGUUUACGUUGAUUCACCUAACAGUUCGUUUGUCGAAAAUGUGGUCGAAACUAUAAAAGAAGUAACCGGUAAUAUGGUUGUGAUACCAUGUCGACCAACUUUGCCAAAUUUGCAAGUUACUUUGUACGAUCAAUUGGAUAUGGUUGUCGAUGUAGAAGAUAAUAUCUCAUACGAUCCUAAAUUUGGAUUUAAAAUGGACGAUCUUAGUUUGCAUGACAGUGGACUUUAUAAAUGUUCAAUUACGAGAGAUGAUAAAACGUACGACGUCACUUAUCAUUUGGAAGUUUUUAUCAAACAAGAUGUGAGUGAACCAAAAAUCAUAAUGGGUACAUUGAGACACGUGAUUUAUGGUCAAACUUUGCAUGUCAAUUGUACGAUUGAUUUGAAUGGACCAAUACCAUUUCAAUUUAAAUGGGAACCACCAAAUGAUAAUAAACGAAUAAGUCAACAUCAGGAAAUCGUAAACAUUGAUUCGAAUUUAUUACACGUGACCAGAGAAAUGAUCAUACAGAAUGUGAUGGAAGAAGAUGAGGGAGAGUAUGAGUGUAUAAUUAAUACUCAUGCAUCUUCUAAUAGAGCGAAGAUGAAUUUAACGAUACAUGAUCCAAAUGAUAAAUAUAUCAAUUUGACGCCUCAGGAUCCAAAUAGACAUUAUGUGAGAAAAAAAGAUAAUCACGUGAUAUGGGUCGUUUAUUAUGACGCUUUUCCUGAAGUCCAAUUAAAGUGGUUUGAUAAUAAAAAUCGUGAGAUCAUGGACGAUUGGUCAAAUUCAGAAGGAACAAAAUACGCUGUAAAUAAAGAACCAACGAAAACGAUUUUAAGAAUAAAUCGAUUGACAGUUGAGAAUAGUGGAACUUAUACUCUUCUAGCUAUCAACGAACAUCAAAACAAAUCUCUCAAUUUUUCAUUAUUUGUGUUAGGUAAACCAACAUUAUUUAUCACAAAUGUGGAAUCGUAUUAUUCGCCUGGUGAAAUUUUUGAUAUUCAUUGUAACGUGGAGGCUUAUCCAGAACCAGAAAUUUAUUGGACUUUUCUACAAUGUCCUAAUUAUCCUUCCCAGAUUAAUUCCAGUCUCAUCAAAUUAAAUCAUACGACUGAAAUGCAAUCAACGUUUUUUCUAUCAAAAGCAUCUAUGAAGAUUGAAAUGUCUGGUAUCAUUAAUUGUAAAGCUUGUAAUUCUGAGGGAUGUGAUUCAACUACCAGUAAUGUUAUGGUGUCUGAUGGUAUCAAAGAAUUUGGUAUAAUAGAACCUAAAGGACCAAUUGUUGAAAGUGAUGACAUCGAAAUCAUUUGUGCUGCAUCUAUUUAUAAUUAUACUCAUAAUAUUUUAUGGGUGGAUAAUAACAACAAGGCUAUAUCAGAAAAUGAGAGAAUCAAAAUUAUUUAUAGGACAACUUCGUUCACUCAUCGUGCAAUAUUACAAAUAAAAAAUGUUCAGCUUAAAGAUUCGAUGACUUAUACUUGUAUUGGAGAAACCAAAGAUGGAAACAACACUUUUGAUUACGAUUUAGUGGUUUACAAACCGAAAAAACCUUCGUUUACUAAUAUGAAUUUGAAUGAUACUGAUUUGGUAAUCGAUUUCGGUAAAGAAAAUCACAAACUUAUUAUUUUGAAGUGCUAUGUAGAUGGUAUGCCUAAACCACAAGUUACAUGGUAUAAGAAAAUCGUUUAGGAAAAAUAGAAUCUUAUCAAAAUAUAUUGAUAAUGGGAAAAGAAUUACCUAAAGGGUUAAUAAUUUUAAUCGUUGUAUUGAUAAUCUUACUGAUCGGCUUGAUACUGUACUUUACAAUUAAAGUUCGUCGUGAAAAGAAAAUGAGGAAGGAAUUAUUAGAAACUGGUCUAAUGCAUUUCGAGGAAGGUGCUUUGGAAUGUUUAAAUCCGGAAUUGACAGUAGAUGACCAAGCAGAACUACUUCCUUACGAUAAGAAAUGGGAAUUUCCAAGAGAAAGGUUGAAACUUGGAAAACAAUUGGGUAGUGGAGCAUUCGGGGUUGUUAUGAAAGCAGAAGCUCAAGGAAUUAAUGAUGGUGAAACUGUAACAACGGUUGCAGUUAAAAUGGUACGACGUACGACAGAUCCAACUUAUGUUCGUGCACUAGCAAGUGAAUUAAAAAUUAUGGUACAUCUUGGUAAACAUUUGAACGUCGUCAAUCUUUUGGGUGCUUGUACGAAAAAUAUUUCAAAACGUGAAUUAUUGGUCAUCGUUGAGUACUGUCGAUUUGGUAAUUUACAUAAUUUCUUAUUGAGACACAGAAUAGAUUUUAUCAAUCAAAUUGAUCCUUCCACUGGUAAAUUUGAUCCUACAAUUGGUAUUGAUCUUCUCACGAGAACUGCCAGUAUAAGCAGUAAUAAUAGUACUAGUGUAAAUUCCGGCACCGAGAUGAUUCACUAUUAUGUUCCUAAUACAACGGACUCUCAAGGUACAUGUAUGUCACCUGAUGGAGGUUGUACACUAAGCAAUAAUUCAACACAACCUGGUUGGAGAUCCAAUUAUCAUGGUGAUUAUAAGGAUCAUAAUUUGAAACCAAUUUGUACUCAAGAUCUUUUGUCUUGGGCAUUUCAAGUGGCUCGUGGUAUGGAAUAUCUUAGUCAGAGAAACGUAUUGCACGGUGACUUAGCUGCGAGAAACAUAUUACUCGCUGAAAAUAACAUAGUUAAAAUUUGUGACUUUGGUUUGGCUAAAACAAUGUACAAAGAUGGUAAUUACCAGAAGAAAGGNUGA